AUGUUCUCUUACGUUGCAAGUUGGUUUGGCGGUGGUGGAAAGAAUUCUUCAUCAUCGGGUUAUAACGACUCGAUACGUGUUCAUGGAUCGUUGAUUGAAUAUCACAAAAAACCAUCAUCGGGAAGCCAACAAAAGCCAAAAGUGGUCAUGAUGCAUGCGGUGCUUUCUAUUGAUAAGAAUGAUCGGAAGGGUUAUGAUACCAUGAUGGUGGUUAAGAAUGAAGAGUUGGAAAAAGACGUUAAAUCGUUCUUGCUGGAGGAGGCUAUGAUGUUUUCUCUUGUUGUGGAAGAUCAUGAUGAUGAAGAACCUGUAAUUGCUUAUUCUUGGACCGAUGUUACAGAUAAGAAUAAGAUUUGGGUUUUCAGAUUUUCUGAAGACAAGGAGGCUCAAACAUUAUCAAAAUGUUUGUCAAGACUUGUUUAUGAAUGUGUGUUUGAAAAUUCGUAUGAAAGAGAUUUUGAAGGAACUGAAGAUGAUGAAGAAGAGCUAAAGGCACUCACCGGAGAGACUACCUUACCAUUUAAAGUUGAAACUCUUGAAAUGAUCAAACCUGCUGCUUCCUCUCGCCCAAGUACUGGAAGAGUCUCCAGUAGUGGAGGAAGCUCUCCUCAGAAGUCAACUGCAUCCUCUGCUUCAACAUCUGUACAAAACACUAAAAUUUAUCCAUCAUUCAAAAAGGGAGAUACCCAGUCAAGAAAAAAAGAAUAUGAAGAAAAGAAUAACUGCACACUUUCUGAAUUGUGUUCUGCCAAGUGUGAUCUUUAUUUAUUGAACGAGUCGACUCAUAUAUAUGAAUGCAGGAAAUUAGCCGUUAUUGCUACUAUUUAUAUGGUAGAAGAUGAAGAAGGCAACUCUAACUUUGAAUAUAUUUUGGAUAUUUCUCACGGAGACGAGCAAUUAAUUAGGCAAAACAUUGCAAGUGAAAUGAACCUUCAAUGCUACAAUGAGUUCCAUUCCAUCACUUGGAAUUUCUUGGAACCUUUUUCAUCUUGGAGUUUGAUUUUUUAUGACAAGGACGAAGAGGCUGAAUUUAAGACAUGUAUGAAUAGAUGUAUUUAUGAAUCGAAUACUUGCAGUCAAUUCGACAAACUUGCUAUUGACGAUCAAGAAAUGCUGGUUAAGGCCUCUGUCAUUGAUCAGGCCAUUGACGAACAAUCGAAAUAUCUCAAAGAUCUCGAUUAUGAAGAUGAAGAUUAUGUAGACUUUAUUAGCGACUCUGAAGGAGAAAGUGAACAAUAUGAGGAAGAAGAUAGUGACGAGGAUGACAUCCCAGCACAAGUCAAGAAAGGCCCCACACCAAAAUAUUCCAAUUCUUUGAUGAUUGACAAUCCUCAACGAGAAAGGACUUUUGUCGUUAGAGGAACAGACAUUGGCGUUUUUAAGAGAGAUGACGAUACGGAUCAACCAAUAUUUGACACUCAAAUCAAAAAUGUCAGUACUCCAGAGGGAGAGCUCUUCGUCCCCUACAAGGCCAUGCUUCACAAUCAAGAUCGUGAUCUUUUAUUCCUUCACAAAGAUCAAGAAGAGCAUUGUGGUAAAGUAUAUAGAAUGGAUCUUACACGUGGUGAGGUUGUUGAAACUUGGAACAGCUAUCAAGAUUUGGUGCCAAUUGAAGAAAUUAGACCAACAGAAAAGUUUGGAGAUCAAUUACCAACUGCAGUAUUUGGUGCAAUGAAUCAGAAUACCAUGUUUGCCAUGGACCCUCGUAUCUUUGGAUCUGAUAAGGUUGUUGGAAAUAUUAAUGCCAUUACUUCAAAGUCUAACCCUCAAUUUUCAUGUUUUGCAACUACCAGAGAUGGUCGUCUUGUUGUGGGUAGCAGUAAGGGAGAAAUUCGGUUAUACAGUGGAAUUCCAAAUCUUGAAAAGACUGGAAAGAAGGGCACUCAUCCAAAGACAGCUAAAACAUUACUUCCUGGUUUUGGAGAUCCAAUUAUUGGUAUUGAUGUUACAGCCAAUGGAGAGUGGGUUGUUGCAACUUGUAAAAGUUAUCUCAUGGUCAUUAAGACAACCAUGCCUGAUAGUGACACUACUGGUUUUACAGAGAGAAUGGGUAAAAAGAAACCAAUCCCAAGAAUUAUUCAACUUCUCCCUGAAGAUGUUAAAACUGUUGGCGGCAAAGUCGCAUUCAAACCAGCUAAAUUCAAUACUGGUUGUGAUGGAGAAUUGUGGAUUGUUACAUCAACAGGACCAUAUUUGAUCACAUGGAACUUUAAGAGAAUUACUCAAAAUUGUUUAUUCGAUUACACAAUGAAAAAGAUUUACAACAAUGAGAAUGUUGUUAUGAGCGAAUUCAAGAACGUUAAGAUCAAUGAGGAAGGACGACAUGCUCCAAUCAUUGUCACUACUCCAAACGAUGUACUGCUUGAAAAGAAAAAGAAAACAAAGGAGUUGCCUUACAAGAAGCGAACAACGCAAUACAAAAAGAACUAG